AUAACUAAUUUCAAUAUGAUUAAUCCCGAAAUUAGUAAUUUGGGAUAACUUGUUUUCGAGCCAAACCAUCCCUUAAAGCCAUUUAAACAAAUACCUGCGUCGUCCCAGCCACAACCAAUCAACCAAACCCAACAGGCGGAGAACUCAAAGCUAAACCCAACACACUCCCUCGUCUUCUCCGCCAUUUUCCUUCUUUCCUCCCCAUAUAAAUAUCCCUUCAUUUCGACAAUCACAAAAUUACACUCACAUUUUCUCAUUGAUCUCCAAUGGCAUCACUUUCCUUCUCCGCCUCCCUCGGCGUCCGUCUCACCUCCACAGCUUCCACUCAUAGAGCACCAACUACCUACAAACUUCCGAUCAUUCAAUCGAAAAUUCGCGAGAUUUUCAUGCCGGCAUUGAGCUCAACGAUGACCGAAGGUAAGAUCGUAUCGUGGAUAAAAUCAGAAGGCGAUGUGUUGACUAAAGGAGAAUCAGUUGUCGUUGUUGAAUCGGAUAAAGCUGAUAUGGAUGUUGAGACGUUUUACGAUGGGAUAUUAGCUGCUAUCGUUGUUAAUGAAGGUGAAACUGCGAAUGUCGGUGCGCCUAUUGGGUUGCUAGCUGAAAAUGAAGACGAAGUUGCUGAAGCUGUAGCUAGAGGUAAAGGUAAGUUGGUAAAGGACGAGAUUAAAGCUGAAGGAGGACAAGCUACGGUUGAGAUUGAGAAGAUUAAGAGGGUUGUUGUUGCAACUCCUAAUGCGAAGAAAUUGGCUAAGCAGCAUAAGGUUGAUUUGAAUAAAGUUAAUGGGACGGGUCCGUAUGGACGUGUUACGUCUGAGGAUGUUGAGAAAGCUGCUGGAAUUAGUACGGUGUCGGUGCCGGCUAAGAGUGUAAGUUCUGCUGCUCCUGCUGCUGCUACUCAUACUGUUCCUGCUGCUGCUACGGUUAGUUUACCGGAGAUUCCAGGAUCGACGAUUGUUCCGUUUACUACAAUGCAAGCUGCUGUGUCGAAGAAUAUGGUGGAAAGUCUCUCUGUACCUACAUUUCGUGUUGGGUAUCCUGUUGUUACCGAUGCACUUGAUGCUUUAUACUUGAAGGUUAAGAAGAAGGGUGUUACGAUGACUGCAUUGUUGGCCAAAGCUGCUGCGAUGGCACUUGCUCAACAUCCAGUUGUGAAUUCCUCUUGUAAAGAUGGAAAGAGCUUUACGUAUAACAGCAGUAUAAAUAUUGCUGUUGCGGUGGCCAUUAAUGGCGGGUUGAUUACACCGGUGCUUCAGGAUGCUGACAAGAUGGAUCUGUAUCUGUUAUCUCAAAAGUGGAAGGAACUAGUAGAGAAGGCUAAGGCUAAGCAGCUUCAACCACAUGAGUACAAUUCAGGGACUUUCACGUUAUCCAACUUGGGAAUGUUUGGUGUGGACCGAUUUGAUGCCAUUCUUCCUCCUGGCCAGGGUGCUAUAAUGGCUGUUGGAGCAUCAAAACCGAGUGUUGUAGCUAAUGCUGAUGGGUUCUUCAGCGUCAAAAAUAAGAUGCUGGUGAACGUCACAGCAGAUCACCGAAUUGUGUAUGGCGCGGACUUGGCAGCCUUCCUUCAAACGUUUUCCAAGAUUGUUGAGAAUCCAGAGAGCUUGACAAUGUAGAUGGAAGCUAAGACUAACAAAGAGAAGAAAAAGCUAUAUUUUUUGCUGCUCAAACAGAUUGGUACGCGUUGCAUACUGAUACCGUUGGACAAGUGCCAUUAUCAAUGUUGUGCUAAAAGUUUUUCCUGUUGUUCAAAGUGAGCCUAGGCAGUAGAAUUUUGGAAAUUUAUUGCCUCCCGUUUCGCUGAUUCCCUUUCUUUUGUUAAAAGAAAUUGUAUUUUUCUGGAUUUCAAGAGUGUGAUUAGUUUCUUAAA